GGAUACAUAAUUUGUGCGAUAUGUUGUCAGGCAUCGCGAUUUUUAGCUGAUUUGUACACAGUUCAAUGCUGUUCUUUCAAGAGAAAAAAACAGUGUUUAAUCAAAUUUAACGAAUUUCUACAGACAAGUUUAAUUGGAUCACAGAUUAACCAUGGAAGAUAUUGAUGAAGGCCCAUCAAUUGUGGUUGAGACGGGAUCAGUGGACCUGCAAGGCGGGGGAGACGAUGACACACAAUCCGCCGUACCAAGCGAAGCCCUGGCCGCCGUCGAAGAGCUGAAGGAAGAGUUGGACCAAAUCACGGUGGAGCCACCAAAAGUUGAUUUGAUACCCAUCAUCCAAGUCGAUGAGAAUCUGCCGUCGUCAUACAAAGAGAACAACAACAAAGAAAAACUGGUCCUGCAAUAUGCCGAAAACUUCCGGCGCCAGUAUGUCCACCUGUAUCGCGACAGAAAACCGCUGCUGCUGUGUCCGCUCAAUGAGUGUGGGGUGGAAAAGUUUGUGUGCACUACGAUUCGACCGACACUACUGCGAUACAACGAGCUGUAUGACUACGACGGAUGUGCAGAGUUUGUUUCAGAUUACGUCACGUUUGAUCCGUUGGUACCUCCUAUUGAACUGCCCAAGACAAUGGUGUCUCCUACCAAAGUUCUGAAGACACAACGAGGGAACUGCUUUGAGAUCAGCACUCUCUUGUGCUCUCUGCUGCUAGGGACCGGCUACGAUGCUUAUGUGGUGUGUGGAUAUGCCACCAGAGAAACUACACUCUGUGAUGAAGCAAGAGAGAUAUGUCCACUGCUUAAGAUGAAAAAUGAGAUCAAGAAGGAAGAGCAGAAGAAAGAAGUGAAGAAAUACUCAGUCAAGCCGCCCAAGGACCUGCGUAGUAAGUUCAUCUUGAAGCAGGAGGCGAGGGAGGUGGAAGCCCAGCGUAAAGAGGAGGAGAAGAGACGCAAAGAAGAAGAGCUUCGGCAGGAGGAACUGGAGAAGCCCCCACAGGACGAACUGUUUGGCCUGCGCGUCCACAGCUGGGUCCUGGUCCUUGCAGGCAAGCGGGAGGUCCCAGAGAACUUCUUCAUCGAGCCACUGACAGGCAACGCUUUCCCUACCGGCAACGACUCCUUCCUGGGUAUCGAGUCGCUGUGGAAUAACAACAACUACUGGGUCAACAUGCAGGAUUGCUCCAAUGGCUGCAAGGAUCUCAUCUUUGAUCUGGGAGAUUGCACUAGAUGGGAGUACAUGUUUCCAAACAAUGAGAAACCAGUCUUGGAGAUCCCGGAGCUUGAAAUGGAUGGCUUAGAUCUGGAAGAUGAUGAGGACGAUGAAAAAGAAGAAGAGAAGAACCUGGACAUGCCGACCUCCUGGGUGGAUGCACUGGAGCUGUCCCUGACUGACUUCCAGUCUCGUUGCCCCCAGGGGAAGAAGACGCUGCUGUACAAGCGUGCCAAGCUGGAGAAGUUUGCCCACUACUUGCUGAGGGACGGGAUGGUCACCCGACUGUCCAUCUAUCACGACCGAGAACUGAAGGAUCUGAUCCAAGUCAAGGAAUGGUUCUCCCAUCGCAAAGACAUGCUGGACCUGAGAGUCCACAAUCACAGGACGGGGAUUGUGACUGAGUACUACAAGGAAGGGAGACAGAGACACCUCAAAGAGCACCUAUACAAGGCAGGCAGCCCCGCAGCCGAGACUGACCGUACCAUGAUCUUCUUCCAUCACGCCCGCGUGGACGGCCUGGUCAAACGAGAAGAGACUCCACUGGAGAUGACAGAGCAUUUCCUGGAGAGAGAUGACUUCCUGUUCUACAGACACGUGCAGUAUGGGAAGCGGCAACGAAGGCUGGAGCCAGCCAGCACCCUGCCCAGCUCCAACCCACGGCCCAUACUGAAAAUUGUGGACCGUUUCCAUCGCAACCCGGCCAAGCCGGCCAGUGAGGACGUCGCCGAGUUGGUCUUCCUGAUCUCUGAGGAUCGCAUCCAACUAACGUUCCAUCACCAAGACGAUAAGAUCACCGCCUCCACGCGGGAUUUCCUCAAACCAGCCAAUGCCAGCGACAAGGGCGCUAUACUGAUGUACUCGGCUGAUAUGACUUCCACUUUCCAGGUGGAUCCCCAUCAGAAGUCAGCCAAGGAUCUGUACAUCUACAACCUUCUGGUGUCUCUGGUCGAUCAGGAGGACAAAACAGUGGCAAGCGUACGCGAAUCAGAAGAGGAGGUCAGGGAAAUUCUGAAUGAUAGAAUGGCCGAGGAGUCGCGCUCGGACCUUGAGAUUUCCGUCUACGACACAGAGCGGAACGAGAAGGCCAAACAGCACAGAGUGGAAAGAGAACUUCUUCAGAUGGAGGAGAAGAAACGACGGGAGGAGAUGGAGUUGGAUUACCUAGCCCCCUUCUUGGCCCAGAUCGGUGACCCAGAGAGACUCAUGAGACAACAGGCCUUGAAGCUGAAGGAAGACUGUAGAGCUGAUCUCAAGCAGAGGCUGAUUGAUGAGGCUAACCUCAUCCAGGCACGCUUCGAGAAGGAAACGGCCGAGUUGCAGAAGAAACAGAACUGGUACCAGCAGAACCAGGUCAACAUGCACAAGGACGAUGAGGAGGAGUAUCUGGCAUUCUGCAGCGAAGCCAUGUUCAGAAUACAUAUACUGGAGAUUAGACUCAACAGGCACAAGGAGAAUGCGCCUCACAAAUACAUGGCACUGGAGCAGAGAUUGCGGACUGACCCCAGACUGUCAGAACACUUCUAAGAUGCAUUCCUUGUCUUCCAUAGCCGUUGACCCUGCAACCAGAUGCUAAAACUCCAUUGACCAUUCCAGUUAUUCGCACAUUAAGUUAUCAUUUCACACAGCUCGCAGAUCCUUCAAGUUUUUUUAAUAGUACUAUCUGGUAUUUUCCACAAUUGUUUUUCAAAGAAAAAAACAACCCAAGAGUUGGAAGAAUUUCAUCUGGAGGUUUUGAGUUUAUUGAAUUUCAUCCAGUUUUCUACAGUAUUGGUCAAUUUGGGAAAAACAAAAUCAGCUGAGGUUCGUUGCAAAGUAUCUAGCUUUGUGUUUCUUAUGGCCAAUUACGCAAAUGCAAAUGCGAAACGAAUAAUCAUUCAGGAAACAUUCGCUGCGAAAUUCGCCGGAGUUGAAAUGUGUUCCACUUUGGUGAAAAUGCAGUGCGCAAACUUUCACGUGACAUCAUAAAUUCGCAUUUAUGAACUGGCCUAUACUAGGGUGGUGAGCCAAGUUUUACAGGUGAUAUAUCAAGAUAUCUAAAUCCUAAAUAGAUACCUAACUGUUUGGCUGUAGUUCAUGGUCUUCACUUAAUCUACUUUGCAUUCUUAGUCCGUAUCCUACAUCUAGAGGUGGCAUGGGCCUCUCAGGCAGGUGACAUUUGACAAACACAGUCAUGAUACAUUAAAAAAGAAAGAAUCCUUGAUACACAAAUUUUGUCUUCAUAUCCUGCAUACUUUUUUCAUAAGAUAGAAUUUGCAUUGGGGUGAUGUAAGUUCAAUAUUGUUCGUUGCCCUUCACUGACCUAUUGUAUUUAAUCCUUAUUUCAGCCCAGGAAAUUAAUUCUGGUAAAAAUAGGAGCAUUUUGAAACUACACUUUCAAACUCAAAAACUUUAGUGCACGAGAACAAAGAAAUGACUCUCCACAAGGAUACAAAUUCCAGUAUGUGUGGUUUGUAUUGAAAAGUGCUUGGCUGUAGUAUUCUGUGAUCUUUGCAAAGAACCCCUCAAAACCUGUAUGAGUAUUCAGGAGGUAUCUUCUAGACAGCAAUAAUAUGACUACGCUUCCUUUAGUACACUCGAAAAAUAUUCCGUCCAUUCUAAGUGAAGCAAUUGUAAAUACAAUGUACAUGAGUGCAGCAUCAAGCUUUACUGUGCAUGUUUAUAUAUUUUACUAAUGAAUAAUUUGUAAAUAUAGAAUUCCGUCCAUGUUGUAAAAUGUUAUCAGAUGGCUCCGUCCAUAACAUAUACAUUUAAUAUUAUAUAUAUUGGUUUGAUUAAUUAAAGGAUUUUUUUGCAACAAUUUAAAUUUCAUGUGUCCAGUAAGACACAAAGAGCUUCAGUAGAACAGAGUUUGACUUUAAUAAAUUACCCAUUGGUGGGCUAUUUUUCACUAUCUAUCACAAAGUUCAUUUUCUUGAAAAUAUCAAAGAAAUAAAGAGAGGUUAUACAAAGUUGAUUCAAUCUGUUGCUGUUUUAUUUUUAUUCAGACAUGAAAUAAAUCUGACAGACAAUCUCCCAAAAAUAUGAGCGCGGACAUUCAAACUGAUUAAAAUAAGUAAAGUAUGGAAAUCAUCAUUGUUGCAGUUAUUUUUUGUUUUUUACACCCCAACUAUGGAUAGGAAUUUCUAACUAUAAUUAGGAUUCUUCCAACUGUAGUUGGGGCCAUCGCUAUAGUUACAGCAUAACAUUUCUCAUCAAUGGUACUUUUGAACC